CAAUCUUUUUCCUGAUAUAACAAUACCGUCUGUUUCUAUCUUACCUCACUUGUGUCCGAAACUUCUCGCUGUUGUCAACAUUGUCACUCUCCUUUUUCCACAAAGCUCAACUACUCUUCCUUGCUUUUCCAGCCACCACUCCACCAAUCUCUGCCUUCGCCCGGGCAAUAUCGCCUCCUCUCACUACCACUCCACAACCCUUUUGCUCUCUCUCUCUCUCUCUGCAUCAAUAUAGCUUUUUUCAACAAGGGUUGUGAUCAAUAUUCAAACCCCAUAAUUGCGUCCUCUCUUUUAAAACCCAUUUCAAGAAGGAAGUUUUCAGCGAAGAAGAAAGUGGGUGUUGAGAGUUUAGUCCCCCGAGGGAUGUAAAUUGCGAAGCUUUCGAAUAUAUACAGGGCAAGAGUUAUCAUCUCUGUGCCAGCAUCAAGCCCCAAUAUGGAAAGAUGUGCGACAUAAUAAUUAUUUUUCCCAGCCUUGUGGGGUGGCCAGAAUCAAUUGCUGAUGCUAAUAGGUAAAAGCAAAUGUCGAUUGUUGUCAUUGUCGCGAUAUCAACAGUUUUGGGGAUGCUUUUCUCUGGUGUCAUUGGUUGGUAUAUUUGUCGAUUAAAGAACGCUACAAAGAAAGCAGUGCAACAGGAAAACAAUCCCUACAAAGAUUGUAAAGAAGAAAGUCAGGAGGGCGACUUUGAAUUACCUCUUUUGGAUAUGAGUACCGUUUAUGCUGCUACUAACAAAUUCUCUUCAGAAAAUAAGAUUGGACAAGGUGGUUUUGGCCCUGUCUAUAAGGGUGAAUUGCCUAAUGGACAAGAAAUAGCAGUGAAAAGGCUCUCACAGAGUUCUGGGCAAGGUCCCAAAGAAUUUAAGAAUGAGGUUAUCUUGAUUGCAAAUCUUCAACACCGCAACCUCGUUAGGCUCCUGGGAUGCUGCAUUCAGGGAGAAGAAAGGAUGUUAAUCUAUGAGUACAUGUCCAAUAAAAGCUUGAACAAUUUCAUAUUUGAUGAAACCAGAAGGAAACUAUUAUCUUGGAAGAAGCGCUUCAACAUUAUUAUGGGAAUUGCACGAGGUCUUCUUUAUCUUCAUCAAGACUCGAGGUUGAGAAUCAUCCACAGGGAUUUGAAAACUAGUAACAUCUUACUAGACGGAGAGAUGGAACCCAAAAUUUCUGACUUUGGCAUCGCAAGAAUUUUUGGAGGGGAGCAGACAGAGGAAAAAACCAAGAGAGUAAUCGGAACAUAUGGUUAUAUGUCGCCAGAAUAUGCAAUGAGGGGUCACUUCUCAGUGAAAUCAGAUGUAUUCAGCUUUGGUGUUUUAGUGCUAGAGAUAAUAAGUGGCCAGAAAAAUUGGGGAUUUUGUCACCCUGAGCAUGAUUUCAACCUUAUAGGACAUGCAUGGAAACUAUGGAGUGAAGAAAAACCCAUGGAACUAAUGGAUAAAGUAUUGGAAGAGUCAUUUUCCGUAAAUGAAGUUCUUAGAUGUGUUCAGGUAGGCCUUCUGUGUGUGCAGCAACGACCAGAAGACAGACCAUCAAUGUCUGAUGUGGCUUUUAUGUUGAGUAACGAAAGCACAUUGCUACCUCAACCGAAAGAACCUGGUUUUUGUAUGGAAAGUUCUUCCAUAAAGAUUGAUUCAUCGUCAAUUGGGCAAGACUCUAGUACUCACAAUGAGGUUACUCUUACAAUCUUGGACGGACGAUAAUAAUUUAUUGUAUAAAUAUCGAAAGUUAGGCGUGUACCCAGUUCCUUUUUCCCAGCACCCUUGAUUAGUAGACCAACACUGGCCUUUUUGUCUUAUAGUUGCUGUCCUGUUUUCUUUUAUAUGAAAAUUGUUUAGUGUGUCGCCGUUAUUGAGCAAAUUAUGAACAUUCAAAAUUUACCUACACAACCAAGUAUAGAGGUUUCAUGUCGAGGGGCAAAAUCCGGCAUAUCUAUAGCUUGGCCACUACUUUAAAGUCCUCAGGAAGUAUAUUUUUGAAUACUGGUAGGAAAUUUGGUUUAGACAGAAACAAAUUUGUGGAUUUUUUUCUUGAAUUUGCUGAACUUCCUUUGGGAUGAUUUAAGUAAAAUAAUAGUUCCAAGGAUAGUUUUUAUGGUACUGCAA